AUGGCACCGUCUACCAUUAUACAAAAGCGAGCAUCGGACGCAUCGAGCUCACCAGACGUCGAUAUUGGCUCCCUCCAAAUACCCAUUUACGGUCUCGUCGGGAUCGGAAUAGCGGUCGUAGCCCUGAUCAGUCUUGUUUUAUGUCUCGGCAUCAGGGCUCAUAGAAAGCGAGCAAGAAGAAAGAGGGAGGAAAAGAGGAACUCUGCAUUCUUGACGGUAAAGGGAGUCGUGAAAGAGACAUCCCUUGGGAUGAAGCAAGCUACCUUUUCUCGUGCCAACCUCACAGCGUCCGUUGUAAUGCCUGACAAGGCCAUAUUCCGGCCAGAUGCAACACGAGAUGACAUCGUUAGUUUCUACUCGGACCAGGGGAAGCUGCCACGUCCAUUUGCUCCCUUUUCCUUCGCCCUUAAUGUAAAUCAAGCUGUAAAUCAGGCCCCCUCAACGGCCUCAUCCUCCACCGAAAUCCCGGACAAGCGUGUCUCAACGCUCUCAUUUUCUGCGUCCGCAGCCCGUCUACCGAAUUCGCCUGGCCGUUCGCGUGAGUCGACGCAGAGCAGCACGCGGGACUCCAUCAGGGAGUCGUUCUUCGGCGGCCGGCACGCUCGAACGGGAAGUGCUCUAUCUGGAGGCUCUCGUUUCUCCGCAUUUUCCACUGGGUCAUCUACUGCCAGGAACUCAGGCUCGGCAGCCGGCCUGCAGCAGCGCACCGUGCGCCAAGUGUUCACGCCAAUUUUACCAGAUGAAUUCACACUUACGCUCGGCGAGCGUGUUUCAGUGCUCCGUUCUUUUGACGACGGAUGGUGUAUCGUCGCGAGACCGAAAUUGCAAAAUGCAAAUGGCACAGACGCUGAACUUGGCGCAGUUCCUGCUUGGUGUUUCGUAAAGCCAUUGAAGGGGUUGCGUUCUGAGCGGCCUGUGCGCAGUACGAGUUUAGGAGUUACGGUGCAAGUGGAGCAAGAGGAUCGGCCGCGCAACGAUAUCAUCUCGUGGUCUAAUUUCUAGCCGUUCGGAAU